UCCUUAUAAAAAAGCUAAACAAUUCUAAGUACCACUUGUGGGCUUAGAAUCCUCUCAGUUUCUUUUGGCCUGAAAAUAUAUAUAAAUAUAUAUAUAUGGUUAUAAUAUAUAUAGCCAUGUAUUGGAAGCUUGUAAUAAAUAUUUUGGUAGUAACCCAAUUAGUAUUAGCUGUUGAUAAAGAUCUCACCAGCAGUAUAACCUUCACCGGAUUCAACUCAUCAAAUAUCAUGUUGAGUGGAGAAGCUGAAAUUAACGAUAUUGGUUUGUUGAGACUCACCAAUACUAGUGUUAAAUUUCAAAUUGGCUCUGCCUUCUACCCCAAACCACUCACUUUCAAGUACUUUCAAAAUACUUUUUCUUCUACUACUGCUAAUUCUAAAUGUUUCUCUUUUUCAACCACUUUCAUCUUUGCUAUCAAACCAGGACAAUCUGAAUCUCCCACUAAUGGCCACGGCAUGGCUCUCGUCAUUUCUCCCACUUUAGGUCUCCCCGAAGCUAGUUCCAAACGUUUUCUUGGCCUUUUCAACGAGUCCAACAAUGGCGAUGCCACCAACCACAUCCUCGCGAUCGAGUUGGACACCAAGGAAAGCUCUUCGUUCAGAGACAUCGACGACAACCACGUUGGCAUCGACAUUAACGGCUUGGAAUCGGUGGCUUCUGCUUCUGCAGCAUAUUUUGUCGGAGAUAAUAAUAAUGGUUAUGAGUUUAAGAACUUGAGUCUUGUAAGUGGCAAGCCUAUGAAAGUUUGGGUUGAAUACGACGCCGUUGUGAAGCAAAUUAACGUUACUUUAGCUCCUGCUAUUGUUGUUAGAAAACCCCAGAAGCCCCUUUUGUCAUUGACCAAAGAUCUUUCACCGAUUUUGAAAGACACCAUGUUUGUUGGUUUUACUUCCUCAACUGGCUCUGUUGGAAGUAAUCACUAUGUUUUGGGUUGGAGUUUUAAGAUUAAUGGCCAAGCAAAAGAGCUUGACUUAAAACAACUUCCUAAGCUUCCUGCAUAUGUAGAUCCUAGUAAUAAAACAAUGGAGUAUUUAGAACCCAAUAAAAACAAAAAGGGAUCUAAUAAGCCUAUUUUGAUAGUUGUGUUGCCAAUAGUGUUGGUUAUGGCAAUGGCUAUUUCAGUAGUCAUGGUUUAUGUGGUAAGAAGAAGUAAAAGGUUUGUAGAAGUAAUAGAAAAUUGGGAUGAGGUUGAGUUUAGACCUCAUAGCGUUAAAUACAAAGAUCUGUGCAUAGCAACAAAAGGGUUCAUAGACAAAGAAUUGUUGGGGAAAGGUGGGUUUGGGAGUGUCUAUAAAGGCAUGUUGCCUAACACUAGUACUGAAAUUGCUGUGAAAAAAGUUUCAAAUAAAUCAAGACAAGGGAUGAAGGAAUUUUCUUCAGAAAUAUCAAGUAUGAGUAGGCUUCGUCAUAGAAACUUAGUUCCACUCCUAGGCUAUUGCCAACACAAAGGAGAGCUCUUAUUGGUCUACGAUUACAUGCCCAACGGAAGCCUAGAUAAGUACCUAUUCGACCAUCCCAAAAAGACAUUGAAUUGGAACCAAAGAUUUCGAGUCAUAAAAGGUGUGGCUUCAGGGCUGCUAUACCUGCAUGAAGAAUGGGAACAAGUUGUUGUCCAUCGAGACAUCAAAGCUAGUAACGUACUGCUCGAUAGUGAGCUUAAUGGAAGGCUUGGAGAUUUUGGGUUAGCCAGAUUUUACGACCAUGGAACUGACCAUAAAACCACUCACAUCGCCGGGACCAUGGGAUACAUAGCGCCAGAGCUUACAAGAAUGGGGAAAGCCACAACCUACUCUGAUGUGUUUGCUUUCGGGGCUUUUUUGCUCGAAGUGGCCUGCGGAAGACGACCUAUCGAUCGACGAGAGCCACAAGAGGAUGCCAUUUUGGUGGACAGAGUGUUCUCUUGCUGGGAUAGAGGCAACAUUCUUGAGGCCAAGGACCAAAAGCUGGAGUGUGAUCAUAUAGUAGCCGAUGAAGUGGAAGUGGUGUUGACAUUGGGGCUUUGGUGCUCUCUUUCAGAGCCUUUGGCUCGGCCGAGUAUGAGGAUUGUGAUGGAGCACUUGGAAAAGCUUCAUCAGUUGUCGUUGCCUGACAUAUCACAAUUUCGGUUAUCUGCCAAUGGGCUGACGUUUCUACAAUAUUGUGAAAGUUUCCAAAGCAGUGGAAGUUGUACUUUUCAACUGUCUGUUGUUGAUUCCGUUCUCUCUUGUGGUCGUUGAUAGUGUAUUUGGAAUAACUGUCUAAUUACUAAGCAGUGUAAUUUUGAGGGUACGUAAUAAAUUAGACGUGAGUGUAAUUAAAAUCUAUUUUAAGGCUCGUUUGGUACACCAUAUUGUAUUGUAUUCUAUUGUGUUGUGUUGUGUUGUAUAGUAAUAUUUUAGAUUGUAUUGUAUUGUAUUAAUAUUAUUUAAUACAAUACUAUGUUUGGUAUUAACUUGUAUUAAUUGUUUGUAUAAAAUUAUAUUAUCUUUACUAUAAACUUGACUCCAACUCUCACCCCCGUCCAAGUCCUAGAUGCAGGGGCUGGGGUCGGGUGCAGGUUUGGGUUCAAAGUCCAGGUCGAGUCUGACAUUCAG